CGCAGCAGCGGCAGGAGGAACGAGAGAGAGAAAGAGAGAAAGAGAGAGAGAGAGAGAUUCACCUCCAACAUGGACUGAGACCUGAGAACUGCUCCUAGAUCAGCCGGGACUUCACCUCUGUCACAGCUCCGAACGACUCGUGGUGAGGUUCACGCAAUUCAAAUCGGACUGUGAAGUCCAGUUUCCCCUCCCCCGUCUUCUUCCUUAUGCAAUGACGAAGAAUGACACAUGGCCAGGCGGCGUUGCCAUGGAAUCGUUGAGCAAUAUGGACAGUGCUGGGAGCUGCGAGAGUGUAAUCAGCAUGAACUCUGGCUAUAGUGAAGACAGCAUGGAGCACUUAUCUGCAGAGGAGCGAGCGUGUCUCAUGUAUCUGGAGCAAACCAUUGAGGCCCUGGAGGUGCAGGAGGACAGCGGCUUCUCCAACGAUGAACCAGACGCUGACAAAAUGGGUCAGACCAAUAUAAAUGACAUUCUCAGUACCAAGCCGGAUCAUGAACCAGCAUCGCAUCCUGUUUCAGCAGCGCUCCUAUCAUCUCUGGAUGUCAUGACUCCACCCACUGGUUCUCAAAUCCCCCAAUCAGCUCCUCAGCAUGAGGCUCUGUGCGUUACCACAGAUGAAGAUGGUCAUCCUAUGAUUGUCACCAGUUCAGAGCUUCACGAAGGACAGUCCAGUGGGACCUCGGCCAAAGAUCUGGUUCUGAUCCCACCUCCCUCAGACUUCAUGGACAGGCCACGCCCUCAAGUGCACCUGGACAAAGCCAGGGACCUUGCUCCAUCUGCAAGGACGUCCAACAAGCCGCGAGGAUCUAUCGACUUAGAGCAACUGCGUCAGAGAGCAACUGAGAGGAGAACUUCAGGAAGCUCCUCUAUGACCCAGGAGAGUCCUGACAUGCCCAAACCUGAAGGGUAUCCCGGUCUGAGUCCACCAGACGUCACCUCUAGUCCCCAGAUGAGUCCUCCUCCCAAUCCUGCUGGUCCCCACAUGAGUCCUCCUUCUGAUGAUCCUGGUCCCCCCAUGAGUCCUCCUCCCGAUCCUCCUGGUCCCCACAUGAGUCCUCAUCCCAAUCCUGCUGGUCCCCACAUGAGUCCUCCUUCUGAUGAUCCUGGUCCCCCCAUGAGUCCUCCUCCCGAUCCUCCUGGUCCCCACAUGAGUCCUCCUCAUGAUGCUCCUGGUCCCCACAUGAGUCCUCCUCCCGAUUCUCCUGGUCCCCACAUGAGUCUUCCUCAUGAUGCUCCUGGUCCCUACUUGAGUGCCCCUCCCGAUGCUGCUGAGCCCAGAAGUCCACCUGCUGUGGCCCCUAAGCCCAAGAAGCUUCCUCCCAACAUUGUUCUGAAGUCACACAAGAAAUCAGGGUCUGAUGGCGGCUCGGGACACUACGUGGCCUCCAGCAGUGACCGGGUGUUGGACCCAGUCCACUUUGAGGCUCUCCGAAAGCUCGGCCUGCUAAAAGGUGAUGAGACAAAUCCAGGUCUGAGCCCCAGACUGUCUCCCAAAACUAGAAGCUCCUGGGGAGGUCCUCCUUCUCCACUCAGCCCAGCAACCCCACAGAAACAGCACUUCACACCAUCUAACACCCAUGUCAGCAGCCCACCUCCAGUCUCCGUCCCCCUAGUGUCUCCAGCUGCCGUGCCAACAUCAGCUCAGGUUCCAGAUGUUCUCCCAGCACCUGAUGCUUUCUGUGACUCCCUCGGAUCUCUGACCUCAGAUCAUGAACCGUCUGCUGCCGCCCGUGUUUCCGAGGCUGAUGUUCACGCACAGGAGAAAACGCCUCCUCCAACCCCACUUAGAUCAAGCCCACCCAGGAUCGUAGGCGUCAAAUCGGCCACCCUGGAGCGCUCGGGCCUGGGUCUCAGCAGCUCUUUUAAAGAGGAAGGCUCCAGCGAGGAUGGCGAUCUGAGUCCCAGGCAGCUGCGUAACACUCGGCCCCGCCCGGCGUCCCUGGGGAGCGGGAAGGAGUUUUCAAGCGCUCUGGGAGAGGCGGUCACCCAUCAAGAGCCUGGAUACCGGAAGUCCCUGCAGGUCCCUCGGAGGUCCCUGCCGGCCCCCACCACCCAGCAGCACUCCAGAGACACUCAUAAGCUGCCUCGGUCCCAAGGCAUCAGUGUGCUGAUCUGCCCCCGCUCGGAAAAUGAGGAGGACCGACGCCAGGCCCUGAGGAAGCUGGGGCUCCUCAGGGACUGAAGCCUGGUUCACGUCGUCUCCUCGUCUCCUCGUCUCCCUGCAGACUCUUUCAUACGCAUGACGAAGCAUCGCAAACCUCUCGGGAAGCAGCUCUACUACAUAUUUAUGCUUGAACCUUGACCUGAAAACUGUCAUUCACACUUCUUACGUCCACUUGUUACUGAUAUUGUACAGUGUUUUUAUUUCUCCUUCAUCUGGCAAGAGCUGUUUGGAUUUUCCUGAGUCUCUCCCUGUCUCUGUGGUGUUUCUUGUAAAUUAAAUGCUGUUACUGUCAAAGAGGCAAUAAUAAGUUGUCAUUUCAAGUGUU